AUGGAUAGUGUUCGAUUACGUGCGAUUAUUUUGAACUUACAAGAUCGUUUAAGUAAUGACGAUCGAAAACGUCUUCAUUUUUAUCUUGGUAAUGAUGUUCCACGACGUAUUCGAGACGAUCCAACACUCGAUGGAACUCUCGAUCUAAUGGAUUCACUUUUCGAUCAAGAUAACAUUAAUGAACACGAUUUUAGUUACUUAAUCGAAGCCUUCGAUCACAUUCGUUGUUUUGAUGCUGCUAAAUUACUAAAGAACAUUUGA